CGGCGCCAAGUACUUUUCGAAGUUGGACCUCAAGUCGGGCUACCAUCAGAUUUCCAUCCGCCCGCAAGACCGGUACAAAACCACGUUUAAGACGCGAUAUGGGCAUUUUGAGUGGGUAGUUAUGCCUUUUGGCCUCACCAAUGCCCCGGCCACMUUUCAGGCGGCCAUGACCACCGAGUUUCGCGCUAUGUUGGACCGCUUCGUUUUGGUCUACUUAGACGGCAUCCUCUUCUAUAGCCGAACUCUAGAGGAGCAUCUCAAGCACCUUCGCCGUGUUCUAGAGACUCUUCGGUCAGCCCGGUACAAAGCUAACCGCGACAAAUGCGAGUUUCUCUGGCAAGAGCUUGAAUACUUGGGUCAUUUUGUCUCUCCAGAAGGCAUUCGUCCGUUGGCGGACAAGAUUCAAGCCAUCCAGGAGUGGCCCGAGCCGAAGACUGUGACGGACGUCCGAUCCUUCCUCGGCUUGGCCGRUUAUUAUCAGCGCUUCAUCAAGGGUUACUCGAAGAUCGCGGCCAACCUAAGCAAGUUACAAAGCAAAGAGCGGCCUUUUGACUUCGACGACAACGCGCGUCAUUCUUUUGAGACACUCAAAGCGGCACUCUUGUCCACCGAGGUGUUACAUAUUUACGACCCGCUUCUAGCUACGCGCGUCACUACCGAUGUGUCGGGCUAUGGCAUUGGGGCCGUCCUUGAGCAGCACGAUGGCACGGACUGGCACCCGGUCGAGUACUUUAGCAAGAAAGUACCUCCCGUGCAUUCGAUCGACGACGCACGGAAGAAGGAGCUUCUUGCCUUCGUCCACGCCCUCAAGCGUUGGCGACAUUUCCUCCUUGGUCGGAAAGCAUUCCGAUGGGUAACGGAUAACAAUCCGUUGGUAUUCUACAAGUCGCAAGACACGAUUAACAGUACCAUUGCCCGUUGGAUGGCUUUCAUCGAUCAGUUUGACUUUUUCCCCGAUCACAUUCCCGGGAAGUCAAACCGUUUUGUGGACGCCCUCUCACGGCGACCAGAUCUUUGCACCGCAGUCUACUCUACCUUCGAGAUCGACGAUGACUUGCGAGAGAGCUUCAUCCGCGGCUAUCAAGCCGACCCCCACUUUCGCGACAAGUACACGAAUUGCUCCUCUCCGAAUCCGGUGCCUUCGCAUUAUCGGAUCCAAGAGGGCUACUUACUUGUGCACUCACGGGGUAAGGAUCUUCUUUAUGUGCCGAAUGAUUCACACUUGCGCACACGGCUUCUUGGCAAGUUUCACGAUGCGCCUGCCUCCGAACAUUUUGGCGUCAACCGCACUCUUGGCCGACUUCGCCAGCGGUUCUAUUGGCCCGACCUUCUCAAGGACGCCACUCGCUAUUGUGAGUCGUUUGAAGUCUGUCGGCGUUGCAAGUCACGCAACCAUCGUCUGUUCGGCGAGCUACACCCAUUACCAGUACCCCUUGGGCGACGGGAAGCAAUUGCUAUGGAUAUCACCGGCCCCUUCCCGAAGCACAAGACCGGCGUUGAUGGGAUCCUCACGGUCGUCGACCACCUCACCAAGUACGCCAUGUUUUUGCCUUGCCGCUAUCACGCAAAGGCACCGGAGUUAGCCGAGGUCUUAUACACCGGACCUAAGUCUACGGCUACUACAGACCGCGGACUGCAGGAUUUCACUUUCAGCGAAGCACACAGACAAGAACUGCUCUAGCCGUCCCAGCAAUCCACGCAAACCCGACAGCUAGGCAACUGAGAGGGACAAGCUAGACACAGCUCUGUAGCCAGACCACAAGUAGAGCUUCGCAGGGCAGUAUAAUGAAGACGCACCACAAUU